AUGGCGGCCAGAAUUUCCCGAAGCCUGCCACAGGUAAACCGCCGUGUUUUCGCGGGGUUAUCUUCCCACGCGAUACCGCGCAUUGCGAACACCAGUGCCCGUACUGGCUUGGUGGCACAUCGCAAUACACGGAACCUCACGCCUCGGUCCGGCGCAACACUGGCCAAAAUCUCGCGAUACCUCCAUACAGAUUCUGACUCAUCAGUCAAACCAAAUGCUUCCAUUCUCGACGUUACCACCUACGAAGGAUCCAGCAUCACGCAGAAACAUUGGAUGAACCAGGACUCACCAGUUGUGGAUGCCUUGAUUGAACCGCAAGCUGUCUUGCAUUUUAUUGAAUUCAUAACGUAUGGUAUUCUACCGAACGGGAAGAAGACCGACUUAGCUUUACUCAAUGAAGAUGAAUUCCCAUUGUUCAUGGCUCCAAGUUCAGAGUGGGCGCCUGCGCCGUUCAACAAGGCCACUGUUUCAAUUGUGGAGAAGGCGAUGCAGCAGACCACAGACCGGGAGGAUUUGAAAGGGCUGUGUCGAAUUGGGCAGAAUAUACAAUUUCUUAAAAGUCGCCUCUGGGGAGGUCUUGCCCCCGUGCCCGCAUCGCGGUGGCACGAAAAAGAUCUCAACAACCCGGACCAUUUCACGAUCGCCCAUGAGUACUUGACCUCCGUCAUUGCCGUCUUUGAGUACCUAAACAUUCCUCAGAUCCGCACUAACAUGUGCGACACCUUCAACGGAAUAUCUGGUGACUUGGGAGAAAUGCAGGAGGCCUUGAAUACCCGGCGCAAGGCCCAAGGUGGCCUUUCUCCUGAGAUUAACCUUACUGCUCUUUGGGAACAAUUCAUUCGCGCACAGUACGAAGUCAUGACCAGCACCGCCCAUUCCUGGGUCCUGGCCCGCGUUGCCGAACUACGUGAACAGGUAUUGGACGGCUUCAGUACGAUCCCGGGUGAAAAUCCAGAUGCCCCAGAAAUGGCGGUUGUCUCACAGCGGUGGAGCGACCUAAUUUCCGUCGUUACAAUGGCAGAUUUCAAUAUUUGGCUGUCCAUGGAUGGGUAUAACGGCUACCAUCCGCCCUCCGAGAUCAUCGCUGGGCUACACAAUCCGGACCUGGAGAACCAAGGCAAGAACUACGGGUUUUCCAAGCUCAUAGUUGACCGACUCACGGAAUGUAUCGAGGCUCAGAAGGAGGCUGCGACGGUUCAAGGUCCAAGCGCGAAUCGAAGUGACGCAGCCCGCCGCGAGCGCAUUUCUAUCAGCACGGUAGUACAGGAUGAACUGCGUGAAAAGAUACGUGGCCGAACGCCGUCUCCGCAGCCACCUGUACAGCCCUGGAUCCAGAAACUCCUUCGGGCGCACGAGGCGAGCUUGAGCCUACAGCCGUGGGAGAGACAGAACUAUGGCUUCGGAUUAGCAAUCUACCGCGCAACGCACAUGUUCUCCGAUGAGCAGUGGGAAAGUCUAAAGCGGGACCUGGAAGCUCACUUGUCGGCAUGGAGUGACGAUGUCCAGGGCGCCGACGAGCUGAAACCACUGCUCAAACUGCAUUGGUUCGACUGCAAGGAACUAGGCUUCGAGACAUUUAACCCCGUAACAUCGGCAAGGAGACACUUCCAAGAAAUCCGGUCCUCAGACGAGUGGACCCAUAAAAUAGCACCUUCUGUUUUCCUUCUCAUCGAUAACAUGGGCAUGGGCUCAUAUAUCGACGAGAAAUCACGCGCCUCUUUCACAAAGGACAAAGGCUUCCUUAAAGGGGACUUCCAAGGCCAUGUCCUGGCUGUCGACGCAGACUUCGAUGAUAGCGCCACUGCAAACAAAAUUGCAGACGACACGGCCAAUGAAGACUCCCAGGGUGAAGUCUUCGAAUAUCCGGGUCGAAUGCGCAUUCUGGGUAACCUGGUCUGGAGCGAGCUCUAUCCUAUGCUAAUGCUGCAGUCUGUGGUGCUUCAAAAUUUCUGGCUACAGGCGCGGGAACAUCCGACGAAGGUAUAUACAGGACCGACAGUGCCAAGUCAGGUUGAGCCAUGGAAGGAGCGGAAUACCAUGAAGACCGUUAUGAUGGAUAGCUUUGUGGAGUUCCUAAAACAGAAGGACCCCACUCUAGCAGGAAAAGUAAAAGGGUUGAGGAAGGAUGGUGUUAUUUAA